CCCUUCCAAUGCCUCUCUCUCUCUCUCUCUCUCUCUCUCUCUCUCUCUGAGUCUGAGAAGACUCCACUGCAACUUCAAUUGGGAUUUCGUAGAUAGAAGACGACAAUGGCGAACAAACCAUGGCGGAUCAUCCCAAGGCCACUGCUGGAGACAGUGCUCAACAACCACGCCUCCCACCACCGUGUCCACCAGCCUCUCAUCUUCCACGGCCCCAGAGGCGUCGGCAAAACCACUCUCAUUCUCGAACGUCUUCUCGGAGAAUGGAACACAGCCCCUCACCUCACCGGCUAUGUCGACUUCGCCGAGUGCGUCAAAGAUCACCACCCUCAGUUUGAUCAAUCGUUUCCCUGGUCUUCCUGGUCCAUUUGCCCCCAUCCCUCGCUCUCCGUUUGCCGAACCAAGCUCGAGGAAUGCCUCGAAUCCAUGGCCUACCAGGGAGUGAAGCUCGGCACAAUCAGCUCCCACCAAAUCUUCUCCACACUCAACAAGUGGCACGGGCUCAGCGCAGCGCUCGGAAGAAUCAUUCAAAGCAACAAUUCUCCGAAAACGGCCGUCGUCUCCGAUAAGGUUUCGAAGUCGGUAAUGUGGGACAGGGCUGUGUUCACUCUAUCUGCUCGAUGCAAUGCCGUGGAGAUCGAUGGAGUCUUGAGCUUGGGAGAGAAGGGGAAGAGCUUGUCCAUGGAAGAGGCCUCGUAUUACAGAGAGGCGGUUGUGGCGCUGAGGUUGGCGAAAGAGGUGAUUAAGGUUCAACAUGGUUGGAGGGCUAAUGCCAUUGAAGAUUUGAAUCGAAGGGGAGGAUUUUCAAGGUCUUUGGCCAAUUCUUGUACUGAUUGGCCUUGCUUGUUGUUGGAAUUGUUGUCACAAGCUGCUGAAAUCGGUCAUUUUCAGCCAAAGCUGGUUAUAAAUAAUAUCGAGGUCUUACGAAAUGCGAUUUUGGUGGAUGGGGAUUCAUCAGUGCGUGCACCGAUGUAUCAUGACAGUCUGAUUUGGAGAAUGAUUGCUUUGGGUGCAAAUGAGAAGUCCCUGCCUGUCAUACUUGUGACAUCCGAUAGUUACUAUUCGUACCGAGCUUACUUGGAUUUUGGAUUUAUAGACGUAUUCAUUUCCCGUGAGAAUUUUGGAUGGAGUGUGCAAGAAGCUAAAUUGCAUAUGGUUACUGAUUACUUCAGUAAUUCAGAGUGGAGGAUAAUAGCUGAGGUGCUUGGUCCGAACCCACGACAUCUUUUUGAGUUAUAUGCACUGAAACAAAGCGAUUAUCAUAUGAAGAUGAUGAAUGACAAAGGUGGCACAUUCGAGGAUCUUGUAGAUGCAUAUUUAGCAUAUUUGCAAGUUACUGUGGUGAAUCCUGCCAUGGAUAAAGCCUUGAAACUGUUGCAGAACUUUGCUGCUGAAGCACAAAGUGGUAAAAUUUCAAAAGAUAAGUUAUGUUUUGGUGCACCUUGGAGGCAUCCUCCACGGAAAGAUGACGCCACCUUGCGGUUUGAAUGGGCAAAGAUCCAAUUGAUGGACUUUGUGCAGUCUCUAGUCAAGGCAGAGUUCGGGCUCAAUUAUCUGGCUGACUGGAGCCUGGAGAUCUUCGAUGAUCCUUCUGCUGUUGCAUUACUGGAGGUUGGCCUGCUCUAUGCUCAACGAGAUCCAUCUUUCAUUCGUCCUAUAUCUAGAGGAAUUGAGAGGUGUCUCGUCAGAUGGCUUGUCCAAGAGGGUAUCCAAAUGAGUUAUAGGAACUUGCUUCAAUAUCGGUGGCAGCGAUUUGUACGUGGCCGCAGCUAUCGUCAUUUGUUACAACAAGUGGGCUACAAAUAGAGAAUUGAAGUAGGUUUCAGCUUGCUUCUUCGUAUGGAGAUUGAGGUCACUCUUUGAGGCUUAUACAGAAAUUGAUUGUGCUGAGAUUGGGGAAAGCACCUGAGAGGUUGAUCCCAACUAACAUUUUGUCAGCUUCAAUUCCAUGUAAGAAUGUCAUCAAGCGAAUCGCUGGUUUCCAAUUGAUUUAAAAGACGCUGCUAGUCACAGAUUCAGUUGGUACUUGACGGUGACUUUCAUCAGGCGAGCCUCGUCACCAACAAUACCAUGACAGACAGAUUGAGAACUUCGUUUUUAUUAUUAAUAUUAUUAUUUUUUUGUUGUACUAUUAUUCAUUGCAACAAAAAUAAUUACAGCCUCACAAGAGAGAUGUACAAUUAAAGUGUAUUACUUCAAAUUAUUUGUAAUUUAUUUGGCCGGUCACAUUUAUUUUU